AUGGCGACCACUGCCUUGUCUCGCACAAACUCCUCGGAUAUCCACCAGUCGAACCCUCCCGUCAAGAUGGCCGACGAGAAGGUGGCCGACCCCCAUCGUCCUGAGAAGUCCCUCGUCUCGGACACAUACCAUCUCCAGAUGGGUGACGAGGACCCCACCGAGGAUGAGCUUUCAGGUCCCAGCGCAUUGCGACGAGUGUCUGCCCCAAUCCCCUGGGCUGUCUACACUGUGGCCUUUGUCGAACUGUGUGAACGUUUCUCCUACUACGGAACCCAAGUCUUGUACUCUAACUUUGUGAACCACUCCCUGCCCCAGAUCAACGGCCCUCCCGGCUCCAACCAUUACACCGGAGCUGGUGGUGGUAGCAGUCAGGGUGUCUCUGGUGCUCUCGGUCGUGGUGUCCAGACCGCCAACGGUAUCAACACCUUCAACACCUUCUGGUGCUACAUCAUUCCUCUCUUCAGUGCCUACAUGGCCGACGAGCACUGGGGCCGAUACAAGACUAUUUGCAUCUCCAUCGGCGUUGCCAUUCUCGGACACAUCAUUCUCGUCCUCUCCGCCAUUCCUCCUAUCAUCACCAAUGACACCGCGUGCUUUGCCGUGUUCAUUCUGGGUGUCAUUAUCAUGGGUCUGGGUACUGGUGGUUUCAAGCCCAACAUCUCUGCACUGGUUGUCGAGCAGAUUCCCGUGGUGAACCUCAAGGUGCGCACCUUGCCUUCUGGUGAGCGUGUCGUCGUCGACCCUACCAUCACUCAGAGCCGUAUCUACCACUACUUCUACCUCUUCAUCAACAUCGGUGCUCUUAUCGGUCAGAUCGGUAUGGCCUAUGCCGAAAAGUACGUCGGUUUCUGGCUGGCGUAUCUGCUGCCCACCAUCAUGUUCCUGACGACUCCAUUCAUCAUGAUCUGGGGUCGCAAGCGUUACCGCCAAUCCCCUCCCCAGGGAUCCGUCGUCUCCAAGGCUUGCCGUGUCUUCGCCUUUGCGCUCAAGGACCGCUGGCACUGGAACCCCAUCAAGUUCUGGAAGCGCACCCAUGAUGGCACCCUCUGGGAGGCGGCCAAGCCCUCCAACAUCGCUCCCGGCUCCCGCCCCGCCUGGAUGACCUUUGACGACGCCUGGGUCGAUGAGGUCCGCCGUGGUUUUGCUGCCUGCGCCGUCUUCGGCUACUACCCUCUGUACUGGCUCGCGUACAACCAAUUGACCAACAACCUGACGGCCCAGGCCAGUACCAUGACCCUCAACGGUGUGCCCAACGAUGUCAUCAACAACUUGGAUCCUUUUGCGUUGAUCAUCUUCAUUCCUAUUUGCGACAGCUUCUUGUACCCCGGUCUGCGCAAGAUGGGCAUUCAAUUCACUGCCAUCAAGAAGAUCACUGUGGGUUUCUUGCUUGCCGCUCUGGCCAUGGUCUGGUCCGCCGUUAUUCAGUACUACAUCUACAGGGACUCCCCUUGCGGUUACAAUGCCAACACCUGUGCCUCUGCCGACGGUGCUGUUAUCCCGGCCCCUAUCAACGUUUGGGCUCAGACCGGUGCCUACGUUCUCAUUGCCUUGUCUGAGAUCUUUGCCUCCAUCACAUCCCUCGAGUAUGCCUACUCCAAGGCUCCUCGUAACAUGCGUUCGCUGAUUCAGGCUAUCUCCCUGUUCACCAAUGCCAUUUCCGCCGCCAUUGCGGAGGCCCUGAACCCUCUCUCCAGCGAUCCUCUCCUUAUCUGGAACUACGGCGUGUUCGCUGUCAUUGCCGCUGUUGGUGGUAUUCUCUUCAUCCUGCAGUUCCGUGGACUGGACAAGGAAGAAGAUGCUCUCAACAACCUGCCUGAGGGUCGCGUUGUGGCUGACGAGAAGCCCAACCCAGGUGCCCUGGUCGCCGCCGAGGUUGGCCCCGUCCGGGGUUGA